GGACUCAGCAUCAGAGUUUGUGUUGAGUUCCUAAUCCUAAGUGUAUAAGGCGCAGCACCAAGCCUCCAAGGACAAUAACCCUUUGCAAUUUUUCUACCCUUAUUCUCUUCCAUUUUCAUCCACAAAUACGAACACUUAUAUUGCUUCUUCUCAUUCUAGGGUUUUGUUUCCAAUUACUGUGGGGUUGUUUGGCUUCCGAGAAACCAUGGGAAAGAACGAGAAAACUGGGCUUGGCAGGGCACUGGUCAAGCACCACAACCAAAUGCUCCAGCAGUCCAACGAAAAGGGCCGCUUCUACAAGAACCAGCACAAGAAGGUUCUGGAAUCCAUUACCGACGUCAACGACAUAGACGCCGUCAUCCAAGAGGCCGACGAAGCCCAACGCCUCUUCGCCUUCGACCACCCUGCCCCCAACGUCCUCAUCAAUCUGGAUACAAAUGCUAGCACCAGUAACAUGACUGAUGAGGAAAGAAGAGAGCAACAGAAGAAAGAGGAGGCAUUGCAUGCUAGCAGUCUUCGAGUUCCUCGCAGGCCACCGUGGAAUGUGGGAAUGACUGCAGAAGAGCUUGAUGCUAAUGAAAGACAAGCUCUUUUAAUCUGGCGGCGAAGUCUUGCAAGACUUGAGGGAAAUGAGAACCUAGUACUUACUCCAUUUGAGAAGAACCUGGAUAUCUGGCGACAACUUUGGCGGGUGCUAGAACGUAGUGAUUUGCUUGUAAUGGUUGUUGAUGCGCGAGACCCACUAUUCUACCGUUGUCCUGAUCUUGAGGCAUAUGCACGAGAGAUUGAUGAGCACAAAAAGACAUUGCUUCUGGUUAACAAGGCGGACCUUUUACCAUUUUCUGUCAGGGAAAGAUGGGCAAAGUACUUUCGCCUUCAUGGGAUUCUCUUCAUAUUCUGGUCUGCUAAAGCUGCCUCUGCAGCUUUAGAAGGAAAAAAGCUUAAUGUGCAGUGGGAGACCCAAAAGCCCCUACAAGAAAUGGAUGAUGCUGAUACAAAAAUAUAUGGCAGGGACGAGCUUCUUGCCAGAUUACAAUCUGAGGCAGAGGAGAUAUCAGUGAGGAAGAGGAAAUCAAGCUCCAGUAGUACAGAUUCAUCUCAUGUUCAAUUUCAUGGUGGACAUGUUGCUGGAAAUUCAACAUCUAGGAGCGUAGUUGUUGGAUUCGUGGGGUACCCUAAUGUUGGGAAGAGCUCAACGAUCAAUGCAUUGGUCGGUGAGAAGCGGACAGGUGUCACAUCUACUCCAGGCAAGACAAAGCAUUUUCAGACAUUGAUAAUAUCUGAUGAACUGACCCUAUGUGACUGCCCUGGAUUAGUAUUCCCAUCCUUUUCUAGCUCGAGAUAUGAGAUGAUUGCUUCUGGGGUCUUGCCAAUUGAUCGUAUGACUGAGCACAGAGAGGCUGUGCAGGUUGUGGCCAAUCGAGUACCAAGACAUGUCAUUGAAGAUGUCUACAAAAUCACUCUGCCAAAACCCAAGCCAUAUGAGCAGCAGAAUCGGCCUCCUCUGGCAUCGGAAUUUUUGAGGGCGUAUUGUGCCUCUCGAGGGUAUGUUGCCUCAAGCGGUUUGCCUGAUGAAACGAGAGCUGCACGCCAAAUUUUGAAGGAUUACAUUGAUGGAAAGCUGCCCCAUUUUGAAAUGCCCCCUGGAAUGACUGAUGAGGUAAGUGAAUUUGAAGAUCCUGCAGAACCCAGCUUUUCUGAGACACAUGAAUCUGAUGCAUCUGAUUCUGAAAACCCCCCAAAUAGUGAAAGUGAGAGUGAAAGUGCACCAAAUCUCGAGCAUGUGUUGAACGAUCUUGAUGCAUUUGACAUGGCUAAUGGGCUAGCUUCCAAGAAGGCCCAUGUUCAGAAAACUCCAAAGGCACCUCAUAAACAACACAAGAAGCCUCAGAGGAAAAAGGAUCGCUCAUGGAGGGUCAAGAAUGACGAGGAUGAUGGAAUGCCAGUAGCAAGGGUCUUCCAGAAGCCGGUGAACACGGGUCCUUUAAAUGCUGGGUGAGCCUGUGAGGAGGUCCUGUUGGAAAAUUAGCCGUUGAAUCAGAUUCUUGUAUGUUGCAGCAUGCCUCUUCUUCUCCAGCGGAGGCACAUCAUGGCCACUGCAAAUUCACUUUUGGAUUGCUAGUACAGUGAUCUGUAUUCUCUCUUUCUCUUUGUUUGUUUUAAAGAAAAUAUAUGAAGAAUAUAUUAUUCUAUAGCACAAUCACUUAUGGAGUCGUAGAAGUAUAGUUGUGGGUUUUAGACAAUGCAUGGAUUUGCUCACAUAUUAUGCAAGUACAAAAAAUGAAUAUUGAGCAUGUGAGAGAAGAAUCUGAA